AUGUCUGAAUUCACUUAUGAAGAACUCGCUCCUCAUUACCAACUGGACAGGAAUAGUCUUGAAAUAACGCGUGUUGACUGUGUCCCUGUUACUUUAGAAGAUUUCAAAGAAAUUACAAAAAAACUUCCUCCUUCUCAUAAUUUGGAAUUAGCUGCCAACAAAAUUACUGUAAAAAUGCCCGUUAGCGCUCUAACUGGUCAAAGAGAAGCUUAUCUUAUAGGACGAAUCACCAUAUGGUGUGAAAACAAUCCUUUACUUGUUGGAUUAGUCGGAAGUAGUAACGUAUAUUACAAUUUACCUCUUCCAAAUCCCACUGUUCGUAGUCCGGAUGCUUCCGUGGUUCUUGCCGCGAGGUGGGGCGCACUAACCCGUAACGAACAAGAGGAGGCGUUUCCGUCAGUCACUCCAAAUUUCAUUGCAGAAGUACGAUCAGUGAAUGAUUCUUGGCAAUUUUGUCACGAUAAAAUGUUAGUUUACAUGGAUGCUGGAGUAGACGAAGGAAUUUUGAUUGAUCCAAUCGAUCGUACUUUGACGUGCUAUCGAAUUAGUAGAAAUAAUAUAGUCUGGGGGACUCGAAAUAAUCCACGUUCUUUUACGUCAAGAAUUCUUAAUGGAUUCGUUUUAAACUUGAAUAAUAUUAUAUAA